AUGCCUUCACUAAAGGACCUCAAUUGCGCCAUCGAGCUAUCCGGGAGUCAACAAGCAUUGCGAGAGUUUGGCACCAUAUACGGUGAUGGCUUCGUAGAGACCUUCGUCCCCGUACCCAAUAAACCACAGUCUUUCUCCAUCCACCUCACUUCCAACAAGUUCAUCGCUCCAGGCGUCGCCAUCUUCGUCUACGUCGACGGUGUUUACCAGUGCAACCGCAAUAGGCAGGACUUGAAGCUACGGAAGCCUUCCGAUAGUCGCUCUCUUGUCGACUUUCGCGUAAGGCAGAAGGAAGAAAGGCAAAAAGAUGGAUCGAUGAUUGCGAGGGAGUGGGCUUUUGAUAAACUCAACAUUGGUUUCCAGUACGGCAGCGGUCCUAUCCCGCGUGACGGAGAACCAUAUAACACGCAUCCUCCUCAUGUCGGAGCGGUGCAACCUCCUACUGUGGAUCCAAUGUGGUUGAACAAUCUUCUUACGACAGCAGUCAAGCAAGGAGUGGAAGAGUCGCGACGAAUGGACACACAAUCAGAAGGACAGGCGAAGUACAAGGAAACACAUUUUGAUGCAAAGUCUGCAAGUCAGCCACCAGGAGCGUGGCCUGAAUCUCCAUUCGAUGCUCCAACACAACCACAUCAACACAUAGAGCAGCCGGUUUUCUCCUCGCGCGAUCACCAGAGCGAACACGGUUCAAACUGGGCCAAGUCGCAGGCUGGCUGGGGCGAACGACCUCCACAAAGUAGAGCAGGGACCCAUGUUACCUGGAACGCUGAGCCCGCUUUGGAGACCGACUCCUCCAGUGUCUGCGAAUGGAACGUGCGGGAAGACACCCCAUCCGACGCCUGGGACACUGGAGAUACUUGGCCGACCGACAAGGCAGCUGAAUGGGACGCCUCCAGCCAACAAGGAAAACUUUGGUAUUCCCAUCGUCACCCGUCUUCGAGACCUGCGGAUGAAGUUACAGCCGCUGCGCCUGCGCCAUCGGUCAUCACGCGAAUGACACCGACAGUUAUGAAUGCGCCUCCUUCUGUCGCCCCGGAACAAGUACAAUCACGACAGCCCAGUGCUUACGCUAACCCACCUGCUUCGGUUAUACCUACCCCAGAGUGGGGAGCUGCUGUUCACGAGGCUAUGAGGAAGCCUAGCAACGUUCCGAGCAACACGUUCCCAGCCCCAUAUGCACUGUCGAUGAAGGACUUUGUUCAGAGUACAGCUGGUGAAAAACUAGGAGGCAAUCGACCACCUUCGCUUGCGUCUUGGGGUAACGACAAGAACGAUCACACUGAAAAACUUUCUUGGGGCAAGGCAACUGAGAAGAAUCUCGGCUGGGGCAAGGAUACUGAGAACGGUUGGCAAGAAAAGAACCUCAAGGAGAACGAUAAGAAGGGUUGGUACUCAACCGAUGAAGAUCAAACUGCAGGCUGGAACGAUACAGAUGACAACAAGAAGAUCCAGGCGGACAGUGACUGGAAUAGGAAAGACAACGGUUGGGGUAAUCCCCCAUCAUCUCCAAAACAAGAGCGAGUCGACAAGAUGAAUGACUGGGCCGGCCUCAAAUCCGCCUUGACAUCCGCUUUUGCCAACCCAGCAGUACCAGCACCAGCACCAGCACCAGCACCAGAAGACGCCUGGCCAACCCAAUCAUGGAGCUUUCCCGCCGACAACCCCGUACAGCCCACUGUUCAACAGCCAACACCUACACCCUACGCGUCCGCGCCCGCUCCAGCGCCACCCGAAACCGCGAAACCGAACGCACCCACCCACCGCAUGAGCAACAAAACCCUCUCUCGAUACCGACCCAAUCACAACUUCCCCUCCCGCAUCCAUCCCAAACCCACGCCAAACUUCGCCGCUCAACCACACUGGCAGUUCCCUCCUCCUCCUUCUACCUCUACACUCAAAACCCCGAUCCACGCCUCCUCCUCAAACAAUACAUACAUCGCGCCCGCCGAACCGCGCCUCACCAUCAGCAAAUCCACAUCCAGCACAAAAGGUAUCGAACACGCCGUGCGCGCAGGCAAAGCGACGGAGUACGGUCAUGUUGUCGGACGACCUGAGUAUCUAGAUCGUUUGGAGAAGCCGUAUGCGGUGUUUCGGUUUAAGUAUCGGAGUGAGGGGGUGUUGAAGGGGUUGGGUGUACUUGGGGAGGGUGGUGUGGAUGGCAGUGGUGGGGAGAUAGAGAAGGAGAUGGAGAAAGCAGAGAAGUUGAAGAGCGUGCCGCAGGAGGAACUCAUUGCGAAGAUGUUGGCAUUGGAGCGGAAGUCGAAGGGUAAAGAUAGUGGAGAGGGUACUACUGGUGGUGGGAAGGAGAGGAAGCACAGUAAGAAGAGUGAUGAGAAAGACAAGGAGAAACAGAAGUCGAAGCAGAGGAGGUCAAGUGUGAAAACGGAGGCGCGUGGCGAUGGCCGGGUGAAGAACUUUACUGAGCAGUGGGUUGAGCGGCAUUCGAGAGAUCCGAGUGUGAAGGCGAAGAGUGCGGCUGUUAAGGAAGUAGGCUGGGAGGGGGAUAAUCAGAGGAAAAGCAAGGAAGCGGUGGGAUGGUGGGGACAGGAUGUGAAUGAGGGAUGGGGAGGUGGAGAUGUGACAUGGUAG